AUGGCUGACACUAUUACCUCUAUGGAUGAGGAUUUCUCAGAAUGGUAUAUUGAUCUUGUUCUCAAAGCUGAACUUGCAGACUAUAGUCCAGUAAAAGGGUGUAUGGUUAUUCGCCCUCGUGGGUAUGCACUGUGGGAGCACAUGCGUGAAGCAUUGGAUGCUGAGUUUAAGAGGACAGGGCAUAAAAAUGCUUACUUUCCGCUGCUUAUACCAGAGCACUUUAUUGCAAAAGAGAAAGAGCAUGUGGAGGGUUUUUCCCCUGAACUUGCUGUAGUUACCCAUGCUGGAGCAGAAAAACUAGAACAACCUCUUGUUCUCCGCCCUACUUCCGAAACUAUUAUUUGGAGCAUGUACAAGAAAUGGAUACAUUCGUAUCGAGAUCUUCCCAUACUUAUAAAUCAAUGGGCCAAUGUUAUUCGCUGGGAAAAGCGGACUCGUCUUUUUCUAAGAACAACAGAAUUUUUAUGGCAGGAAGGACAUACAGCACAUCAAACACGCACAGAAGCUAUAGAAGAGACACUCUGCAUGCUUGGUAUAUAUAGGGAUUUUGCUGAGAAAGUGCUAGCUCUUCCUGUGCUUUCUGGCAAAAAAACAGAAGAAGAGAAAUUUGCUGGUGCAGUAGACACAUACGCUGUAGAAACCUUGCUCCAAGAUGGGAAAUCUUUGCAGGCUGGCACUUCACACUUUUUAGGUCAAAAUUUUGCAAAGGCCUUUGACGUGCAGUUUCAAAAUGAGCAUUUGGAACUUGAAUAUGUGUGGGCGAGUUCUUGGGGGGUGUCAACCCGACUUAUCGGUGCCGUUAUUAUGACCCAUUCCGACAACAAGGGUUUAGUGCUUCCUCCGCGCAUAGCACCCGAAGAGGCGGUGAUUAUACCAAUAUAUAAGCAAGACAGCAAGGGAGUGGUACUGAGAAGAGUUAUUGAGCUUAAAUCACAAUUACAGAAGCAUUUUCGUAUAGAAUUAGACGACAGCGAUACACAAAAACCUGGAUGGAAAUUUGCAGAAUGGGAACUCAGAGGGACCCCAGUACGCAUAGAGCUUGGACCACGAGAUGUAGAACAGAACUGUGUAACGCUGGUAUGUCGCGAUAAUGGUGAAAAACUACAGGUGACAUAUAAUGAGUUAGAAAGCCGCCUAUCCUCGCUUCUUGCAGAAAUACAGAACCGUCUUUAUAACAAGGCGCUUGCAUUUCAAAAAGAACACUCACAUCACCCAAGCACCUAUAAAGAGUGCACAGAACUAUUAAACGGUAAAAUACCUGGCUAUAUUUUUGCACCAUGGGAUGGAACAAGAGAAACAGAAAAAGCAAUAAAAGAAGAGACAAAGGCUACUAUUCGCAUAGUACUGGAUACAGAGACUGCACAUACGCAGUGUCUUUACAGCGGAAACCCAGCAAAGCACAUGGCAGUCUUUGCAAAAGCAUAUUGA